UGUUCUGAGGUAGUCACAGUUCACAGCAUCAGAGCGCGCUCGGGAGGCGGGGCUGUCUGUGACCCGGUUAGACGAAGCCAGGCUCCGGUCUCCAUCGUUUCAGAUUCAGAGUAAAGCGGGAGGGAACGUCUCUCUGUCUCCCCGUGGUAAGCCACCAUGUCUGACUGCAGGAGGCAGUGGAACCGGGAGGAUGAGCUACCUGUUUACCUGGCGGGACCGAUCAGCACCGGGCCGAACCAGAGGAAAAGCUUCGGGAUGUUCAGCUCCGUGGAGGGGGCGUUCGACAGCAAGACCAUAGACUUCGAUAACUACGCGGUGGGGAGGAAAGGGAGCCGCACCCCGAGGAGCGGGAGCCGGGAGAGGGUGUUGGAAACGGGUGACCCCGUCGGUAAGACGCCCGGUGAAGCGGAGGAGGGGACAGUGAACGAGUCGACGGCGGAGACAGAAGAUGGAGGACCCGGUGUCGAGAUCACGAAUUCAUCCGGGAAGGAAAGUCCAAAUGGGAAGAGUGAAAAGCUGUUGAUCAAAGGAGGGCGGGUGGUCAAUGAUGACCAGUCUCUCUAUGCAGAUGUCUACAUUGAAGACGGACUCAUCAAGCAGGUGGGGGAGAAUCUGGUUGUGCCCGGGGGCGUCAAGGUGAUCGAGGCUAAUGGUCGCAUGGUGAUACCAGGGGGGAUAGAUGUCAACACCUGCCUGAUGAAGCCUUUUCUGGGAACACAUCCUGUUGAUGAUUUCCUCCAGGGAACCAAGGCUGCGCUCGCUGGGGGCACCACCAUGAUCAUCGACCAUGUGACCCCUCAGCCCGGGGACAGUCUGCUGGAGGCGUUCGAGUGCUGGCAGGAGGCUGCAGAUAAGAAGGCAUGUUGUGAUUAUUCCCUCCACGUAGACAUCCCCCAGUGGAACGAGAUUGUUAAAGAUGAGUUGGAGCUGCUGGUGCACGAGAAAGGUAUCAACUCCUUCCAAGUGUACAUGGCGUAUAAGGACUUGUACCAGAUGUCAGACUCUGAGCUGUAUGAGGCUUUUACCUUCCUGAAGCAGCUGGGUGCCGUGGUGUUAGUUCAUGCUGAAAAUGGAGACCUGAUUGCUCAGGAACAGAGAAAAAUCCUCGGAAUGGGAAUCACCGGACCUGAAGGCCAUCCCCUGAGUCGUCCUGAAGAGCUGGAGGCUGAGGCGGUGUUCCGCGCCAUCACUCUCGGCAACCGUGUGAACUGUCCCGUCUACAUCACCAAGGUGAUGAGCAAGAGUGCAGCAGACACUAUCACCCAGGCCCGUAGGAAAGGUUCUGUAGUUUUUGGGGAGCCGAUCACAGCAAGCUUGGCCACUGAUGGUUCUCACUAUUGGAGCAAGAACUGGGCCAAAGCAGCUGCUUAUGUGACCUCGCCACCUUUGAGUCCUGAUCCCACAACUCCAGACCACCUCCACACUCUGCUGGCUUGUGGGGACCUCCAGGUGGUGGGCAGCGCUCACUGCACGUACAGCACUUCCCAGAAAGCAAUCGGUAAAGAUGACUUCACCCUGAUCCCAGAGGGAACCAGUGGAGUGGAGGAGAGAAUGGGGUUCGUCUGGGACAAGGCCGUGGCCAUGGGGAAGAUGGAUGAAAACCAGUUUGUGGCAGUCACAUCUACAAACGCAGCUAAAAUCUUCAACCUGUACCCACGCAAAGGCCGGAUAGCGGUGGGCUCCGAUGCUGACAUUGUCAUCUGGGACCCCGACAGCGUCAAAACAAUCAGUGCCAAACUCCAGCAGUCGGCGGCAGAAUACAACAUCUUUGAGGGUAUGGAGUGCCGUGGCGGUCCAGUGCUGGUGUUGAGUCAAGGUCAGGUGGUUUACGAGGAAGGCAAGCUGCAAGUUCAGCCGGGUACCGGACGAUUUAUUCCCCGCAAGCACUUCCCGGACCUCGCUUACCAGCGCAUUAAGUUCAGAAACCAGGUGAUGAGCAAGAAGGGUGUUACUCGUGGGAUGUACGAUGGCCCAGUGUAUGAUGUUGAUCCUGCCCCCAAAUAUAUUACUCCUGCUCCAUCAGCCAAAUCUUCCCCCACCUCUCACCAGCCUCCACCAAUACGCAAUCUUCACCAGUCCAACUUCAGCCUGUCAGGGGCACAGACUGAUGACAAUGUCCCUCGUCGGUCUGGCCACCGUAUUGUAGCGCCCCCCGGUGGUCGCUCCAACAUCACCAGCCUUGGUUGAACGCUUGACAUGGCACAAAGUGUGGUUGUGGUGGGGUUUCACCUCUUGAGUGUGUGUGUGUGUGUGUGUGGGUGUGUGAGUGUACGUGUAUGACUGAGAGUGCGAGCACACUGGCAUGUAUGAAUACCUUUGUAUUUUUUGGUACAAUGGUGACACGCUCUUUUUACACCGUUAUGAUUUUUAAUCAGUUUGCCUUGAGUCACUGAGAAGAAGCACAUUAAUACUUUUAAUAAAAGAAGAGUGUGAUUUACAAUCAACCAAGUCAUUCAAAAAACUCUCUCUCACACGCACACACACACACACACACACACACACACAGAUCCGGUGUUGAACUCCCCCUCAGUGUUACGUCAUGAUGUUGUUAUCUCCUUUCUCGUGAGCAUGACUUCCUCCUUAACCUUCCUCACAUCUCACGUCUUACUGUGUGGGUCUGCUCAGACAUGGUGCUCCUUUCCACCCGUGUGGUGGACAGCUGAAGAAGUAACAGAUUACUCCUUGCAUUUGUUUUGUUUUCAACAUCUUGGCAAUAUUUGUUUUCAAUGUGGCUCAAGUGGAUCUGUUAUACAUAUUGCAUGGACACGUCUUUAGAUGUUGCACUACUUGUGGUUUAUUGUCACGAUGGAUGAACACUUAGAAUUGUACUCAAGGCACACAAACAUAUUCUUAUACUGGUAAACGUAUGCUUUGAAUACACAAUGACAUUCACUGUGGAUAGAGCCAGCUGAGUUCAAAGCACAUAAAUUCAUCUUAACAUUAACGUGAACUUCAAUAAAAGCAAUGCUACUUCCUCUCCACCAUCAAAUACUAUAUGCAAAAGUGUCAAUACUCUCCUAUAAAGUGUGAAAGUAGAUGAAACACAUACAAAGACAGCUGCGGAAAAGAAUUUUUAGAUCGAUGUACCUUCAUAAUAGAGUUUCUCUGUAAAGCCUUUAUGAUGUGUGUGAUAGUUUUCUGCCAGUCACUCAUGCCAGAAGUAGAUCUUUGUUGUAAUGAAACGCUGAACUCACUGCUGUAAAAGGGCUUCAUCUCCCACACCUGCUCUUAAAACGUCACUGAUAAUCUUUCGAAGCUGUUUUUAUUUCAUUUUAUUGAUUCUUGAUGUUUUCUUGGCACAUUUAGUGUUUCUAUGCUGCUCUGUUUUGUUGCUGUUGUCUGAUGUCUCCAAUGGAACCACUAACGAUCAAUAAAGACUUGACUGUUGUCAAAAAAUGAAA